AUGGAAAUAGAUACUGGAGCUUCGGUGUCUAUCAUAAGUGAGGAGACGUACAAAGCUAUUGGUAAGCCAGAUUUACAGGAAUCGAAAGCGAAGCUGAAAACUUACACUGGAGAUGAGAUUCCGAUAUUAGGGACUUGCAGAGUUAAGGUAGAGUACAAGUCAAAAUCAGUAAACAUACCAAUCACUGUAGUUAGAAACCGGGGACCGAGUCUUAUGGGACGUGACUGGUUGGGAGAGUUUCAACUGGAUUGGAGCGAGAUAUUUUCCAUAUCGGAAUUCAACAAAAGCGAGGGACUCAAGAAAACACUAGACAAAUUUGAGGAUGUUUUCCGAGACGAAUUAGGAGCAGUGAAAGGAAUGAAGGCUAAAAUCUACGUUGAUCAAGCAGCACAGCCUAGAUACUACAAAGCCAGACCGGUACCAUAUGCAAUUAAGGAAAAAGUUGAGCAGGAACUGGACCGUUUACAUAAGAGCGGCAUAAUAGAGCCAGUGAAAUUUUCGGAAUGGGCGGCUCCCAUAGUUCCAGUAGUGAAGGGAGAUGGAUCCAUACGAAUCUGUGGAGAUUACAAAGUUACCGUUAAUGCCGUAUCAAAACUGGAUAACUAUCCGAUUCCAAAAACGGAGGAUUUAUAUGCAACCUUGGGAGGUGGCGAGGAAUUUACCAAGCUUGACAUGAAUCAAGCGUAUAAUCAGCUUCUCCUGGAAGAUGAAUCUAAGAAAUAUGUGACAGUGAACACCCAUAAAGGAUUAUAUCAGUAUAAUCGCCUUCCAUAUGGAGUGUCAUCAAGUCCAGGGAUUUUCCAGCGGACACUGGAGAAUCUGCUUCAAGGAAUUCCGAAUGUGUUGAUACGUGUCGAUGACAUACUAGUCACAGGUCGUACAGCUAAGGAACAUUUGGAAAAUCUGGAGGAAGUUCUAAAACGAAUUCAGGAUGCCGGAGUUCGACUCAAGCGACGUAAGUGCGUAUUCAUGGCACCUGAAGUUGUGUAUCUUGGGUACAAGAUAAACAAGCAAGGAAUCUACCCCGUAGCGGAGAAGGUGACAGCAAUUAAGAAUGCACCAAAUCCGACUAAAGUUAUCGAGCUGAAAGCGUAUCUCGGAAUGCUUAACUACUACAAUCGGUUUCUACCCGAUUUAGCGACAACGUUGAAUCCUUUGCACAAACUGUUGCAGAAAAAUCAAAAGUGGAUGUGGGGUAAGGAGCAAGAGGAUGCAUUUCAAAAAUCGAAGGACUUACUGCAAUCUGACAAAGUGUUAGUGCAUUAUGAUCCAUGCAAAAAAUUGUUACUUGCAUGUGAUGCAUCGCCGUACGGGAUAGGAGCAGUCCUAUCUCAUCAAAUGGAGGAUGGAAGCGAGCGUCCCAUUUCCUAUGCGUCACGUACCUUGACAGCGGCCGAGAGAAAUUAUUCUCAAUUGGAGAAGGAAAGUUUGUCAAUCAUAUUUGGCAUAAAGAAAUUCCAUCAGUAUUUGUUUGGGCGACCGGUGACAAUCGUGACAGAUCACAAACCGCUCAUUGGGUUGUUUAGUGAGGACAAGCAAAUACCAUCAAUGGCUGCUUCAAGAAUUCAACGCUGGGCUUUAACAUUAGCAGCUUAUGAAUACCGUAUUGUGUACAAAGAGGGACGAAAUCAUGGAAAUGCCGAUGGAUUGAGCCGACUUCCCUUAAAAACCAAGGAAACAGACACCCCUAUGCCGUUGGACACAAGCAUGAUCCUAAAUCACAUUGAUGAGCUACCCGUGACGUGUAAGGACAUCAGACUAUGGACACGGAGGGACCAUGUACUAUCAAAGGUACUUCAUUUCAUUCUCAACGGCUGGCCUGAUAAAUGUCCGGAAGAAGAAUGUAAACCUUAUUUUGAACGUCGGACUGAAUUGAGCAGCAACGACGGUUGCAUAUUAUGGGGCAAUAGAGUGGUCGUUCCGAGUCCAGGCAGAAAAUGCAUGAUAGAUGAAUUACAUGAGGGACAUCCUGGAAUUACCAGAAUGAAAAGUUUGGCCAGGAGCUACGUGUGGUGGCCUAACAUGGACAGUGAAUUAGAACGCUGUGUUAGGGAAUGUGAGGACUGUCAAGUCAACAUGAAAAACCCCGCUCUAGCACCAUUACAUCCUUGGGAAUAUCCGAGUAAGCCUUGGUCAAGGCUACACAUAGAUUUUGCAGGACCAUUUAUGGAUAAUAUGUAUUUUGUUAUAAUGGAUGCGUACUCAAAGUGGCUCGAGGUCAUCGUGAUGAAAAACAUCACUACCCGCACAACAAUAGACAAAUUGCGGAGCGUAUUUGCAACUCAUGGAUUACCCGAAGUUAUCGUUUCCGACAACGGACCAUCAUUUACAAGUAAAGAAUUUGAAAAGUUCAUUGCCAAAAAUGGAAUUCGGCACAUUAAAACGUCACCUUAUCACCCCUCAAGCAAUGGAUGUGCAGAACGGGCAGUUCAGACCUUUAAGACCGCCAUCAAGAAGAUUACAGGAGGAACCAUCCAGGAGAGAGUUCAUAAAUUUCUGUUUAACUACCGAAUUACACCACAGUCAACGACAGGGCUAACACCAUCCGAAAUGCUUAUGAACAGAAAAUUACGAUCGAGAUUAAAUUUAGGCAGCGUAGUUGAAAUCACAGGACCGUUAUCCUACAGAAUCAAACUCAACAACGACUGUAUUGUUCGGAGACACAUAGAUCAUAUCCUAAAAAGAGAAACUAAGGACAUCUCUGAGACCGAGCUCGAGAUAUUCUUACCGAAAAUCAAGGCACAGCCAGAGGUCACACCUGAAAUUGGACCAAAUGACACCCUACAAGCUAAAGAACGCGAGCCGAACGUAACUCAAAACGCAGAAAUUCAAGAGCGCCGAUAUCCGAUUAGAUCCAGGAAUAAACCUGCAUAUCUGAAAGACUUUCAGUGCUAA